GUCGCCGGCCAUCACAGCACAGCACAGCACAGCAGUGGUAGAUGCAGAGCCGGCACCACAUCUCUCUCUCUCUCCCUUGCAGGCUAAGCGAACUAGUCUGUGCCGGGGUUUGUGUCCUAUAUAUACAUCCUAGCACCGGCAGUCCACAACUCCAAAAGCAUACCAUCAUUCCAUCCACAGCCCCGACCUCCAUCCCAAUCCCAUCCAGCAUCGGCGGCCUGCAGAUAUCCUCUAGCUUGACCCGGCAAAUCUCGCACAGGCAGCUGUGGUGCGCUACUACAGUACUAUGGAGGUGCACGCGGCGGUGGGGAAGCGGCUGUGGAGCUACGUGCGCGCGGCCUUCUUCAUGGCGCGCAACGGCGUGCUCUCCAACAAGCGCAAGCUCCUCCUCAGCGUGCCGCACCUCCUCGCCAACAGGCGCCGCGGCACCACGCGCGCCGUCGCCAACCUCCUCUCCUCUCACCGCGGCAGCACCGCCGCCGCCGCCUAUGCGCUGCGCCGCCGCGACUACGAGUUCUCCUCCUGCAGCAACAGUUCGGCGGGCCCCUCGUCCUUCUCAUCCAGCAGGCGCCGCCUCCCCUACUUCCCCUGCCUCAGCGCGGCGGCCGAGGAGGACGAGCGCCAGUACGACGGGUACGGCUCCCUCUCCCUCCCCGUCGAGCCCGCGCCGCCCCUCGCCAGGAUCGACUACCACGCCUCCGCCGCGGCAUCAUCGCCCGGGCUCAUGCUGCGGGGCCGGGGCGACGGCGACGACCUCGCGCCUGAGGACGAGGAGGAGUACGUGUACGCCUUCGCGUCGUCGUCCUCGUCGCCCGCGCUGCUGCUCCCGGGCGCGGCCAGCGGCGAGUUCUCUGUGCGUGUGUCCAACUACUCGUCCGAGGACGAAGCAGCGGGCUGCGACUGUGACGCCGUGGACGCCGACGCGGAGGACUUCAUCCGCCGCUUCUACGACCAGCUCCGCCGCCAGAACACCCACGCGCUGCUCCCCUGCUACAUGCAGCAGGAAUCCGUCGCCUCAUCCUCUUGAUCAGGAAUCAGGAUCAACCCCACGCGGACACGGUCGGCACGAACGCACGGUGUGUCAUUGCAUUGCUUGGUGUGCAUGCCAUGCAUGGGAUCCGGUGUACAGUGUGCACAGUACGUGCCUAGGCUUUUGCAUGUACAUGCGUAACGUGAUGUGAAGAACAAGUCCCCCGUUGUUUUUGCUGGGACCACUGCAGAUAAUGUAUUAAGUUUGAGUAAUUCCUAACAAAAUACCUAAUUUUUCAUCG